GCAAACGAAGUUCCCCAGCGGCGCACGGGCUGGGAAGGCGGGUCGCGAGAGAAAACCACCCCCUCCCCUCGCUCCUUUCGCACUAAGCGGCGCGCGGCGCUGCGGGCCUGGGGGAGCCUCGUGAAGCGCUUGUGAGCGAAGCCCAGGCUUGAGGGCCGAGGCGACACGCCCAGGGCUUUUACAAGCGGCGGGGCGGGCUCUGACGACAGUCCUCCUUCCCGUCUAAGCCGGCCCUGCAGUCGAGCAGGAGUGGAGGAAGGGACGGAACUGCGCUCUCAUGGGGACCCGGGCGCUGCUGCUUCUCGCUUGCGCCGGGGCCGUCGCCCGAGGAGUCCUGUUUGCCCGGCCUCCUAAUGUGACUUACUCUAUUGAUGAAAAGAGCUGCAGCUUACAUAUAACAUGGAUGCAUGUCCAGCCUCCCAACAGUAACUGCACACGGCACUACCAUGCUGUCAUAUACGUCGAGGGGAAAAAAUUUUCAAAACAAUGCAAAGAAGAAAAUUUCUGGAAAGAGAAAGUGCCUCUGAAUAAAAAAAUUGAUUUUGACAUCAAAACCUCCUGUCGUAAACUUUGUACAGAUUUAUCACCCUGGAAUGGUAAUAAAUCUUUCCAUGUGGAACGAAAUGGGGCUGCGGAUACUGGAGCCAGAAAUGCUAACUGCGUUUUGUGGAAUAGGAACUACAUGAAAUGUUCAUGGCAGGCUGGAGAGAAAGCAAGCCCUGACUCUUCCUACAGGCUGUUCUACUCGCAUGACUCCAAUAGCGGACAACAAUGCAGAAAUCUCACUCGCGAAGGAUCUGACUUUCGAUGCGGUUUUGUAUGGAUUCAUGAGCAUGUUCAGCUUAUAGCUAUUUCCAUUCUAGGCAAUUCUGGGAAUGUUCAACCCUUGUGCUUGCUUGAGCGUUCAAUAAAUAAUUUAGUAAAAUAUGAUCCUCCAAAAAUUAAAAACCUCUCAAAGCAUGGCAGUGAAGUAUUUCUACAAUGGACUAAACCAGACAAAUUAUAUGCUGCAGAUUAUGAAGUAAAAGUUAAUAGUAAAGUACAUAACUUCACGAAUUCUAACGAUGCAAAUAUCCCAGUUGAGCCUGAUGCAUUGAAUACUUUCCAAGUGAGAGUCAAGGCAACAGGAGGACUAUGGAGUGACUGGAGUGAAAUGGAAGUUAUAGAUAGUAGACCUUCCACAUUUUCUCUUCUUUUGUUAGUUUUAAUUCCCUCAUGUCUGGCACUGCUGUUGGUUGUUUUGCUAAUUUACCUGAAGAGGAUUAAACUGCUGAUUCUUCCAAAAAUUCCUGACCCUGAAAAGAUUCUGAAGCACAUGUUUGAAGAGCAGAAUGAAAACCAGCCCACCCAUGAAGCAGCCAAUAAUGAGGAAACCCAUUCAUUGAUGAUUGUGGAGCCUGCUGGGAAUGAGAAGUGAGGAAACCAGCUUGUGAUCUUUGAGAAACGACUUAUGAAUGUAAACCAAACAUAUGAGGCACAGGAACUGAUGCUGCAGCUGCUGAAACAUCUCUUGAAUAUUUCACUCAAACUCCCUUUGUGCUAGAAGCAAGCAUCAAAAUCCCUUUGUGCUAGAAGCAAGCAUUAGACUAAUAAGCAGUUCCACAAGAUGCAUUUCCUCAGUUGUCACAUAGUCCUGCUUUCCUUUUUUGUCAUCCUUGCUGUGGAAUGUCAAGUCUCGCAUUACCUUUUUGUGAAGCUGCAGGUUUGCUUUGGAAUUCAUUUUCCUUAAUUUUUUGCUGCUUGAAAAAACAUGAAUUAUCUGGCAAGGCUUGCCUUAGCAGCCAACGGUUCUCGGAUUUUAUUGUCCUGAGCCCUCCUCAGGUUAAAACAGACACUAUUAAGCCUCUUCCAUUGUGGCUCUGGGAAAACUAAGACAACUAGGCUAAGUGUUGACAGCCCAUAUUCCCAGGCCAGAGUAUUUCUUAUUGCUGAGAUUGUUGAAAUAUCUCUCAAAAGCAGGUAUGAAGAAAUCCCAAUAAGAGUUUAUUACUUAUCUGUGGUUUUUAUAUAUGGGAAUGAUAAAAUGGCCCACCUACAUGACUCAGAAUCAUAACACUGAAAGAGGUCCCAAGAUGGUUUGUAACGGGGAUUUCUCGUAGUUUCAACAGACCCCCAUGCAUUCAUAGCUGUCCAGACGAGUGGAUUGGAACCUCCAACCUGAGUAUCCCAGUCCUUAAUCAAAACUUUCUGCAGUGUGUUCUUAAAUUGCUCUGUGGGUCACCUCUUGUCCAUUGCAGUAAGCUACACUGUAGCAUUUCCUGUUGUGUUGUUAAAUUGAUCUGUGGGUCAGGUCUUGUUCAUUGCAGUAAGCUACAUUGUAGCAUUGUAGACUUUGUUAUCUGUUAGUUUGGUCUGGGGUUUUUAUUAUUUUUUUUACAAGUUGAAAUUUGUGAUCUCUAAGGAAUAAACAAACAUACUUUUUCAAGUAAA